UAACUUCUCCCCAUAAUGUCAAUACAUCAUCCAGAAAACAGAUAAUGAGGAUAUGUAACUUAACAGGUAGAAGUUAUCUUGAUCCAGCAUCAAAUUCUCAUCACUAGUUAACAGGGAAAUGUGUAGCAGCUGGAGGUGGGGCUGAACAAUUAGAUCUUGGUAGUUUAAGGGUUAAUAAAAGUAAUGAAACUUUUAGUCCAAUUUGUUUGUAGCAAAGGCCAGGAAAAUUAUCCUACAUCAUUCUCACUCAGGGAUCAUUUGUUUUUCAGUUAACCUUUUAACCCCUCGAAGUGAUUAUCAUGUAACUUCUCCCCAUAAUAUUGAUACAUCAUCCAGAAAACAGAUAAUGAGGAUAUGCAAACUUUACAGACACCUGCUGCAGUACAAAAACUUAAGUCGCUGUUCACACCAGAAACUGAAAAUCCUGCUUUAAGAAUUGGUGUCAAACAAAAAGGUUGUAAUGGCCUCACUUAUACAUUGGAUUAUGCCAAUGAAAAGGGAAAGUUUGAUGAGGAGGUCAGUCAAGAUGGUGUAAAGAUUUAUAUUGAUUCCAGGGCACAAUUAUCACUGCUAGGAACAGAAAUGGACUAUGUAGAAGAUAAGCUUGCCAGUGAAUUUGUGUUCAAUAAUCCCAACAUUAAAGGAGUUUGUGGAUGUGGGGAAAGUUUUCACUUAUAGAAUUGCAAAAUUGGAGAAUUUGGUAAAGUCACCAGAAGCCAUCUUGUUUUAGUACCAGCUGUUCAAAAUAAUGUUGGAGUAUUUGUCUUUUCCUGCCAAAAAAAGGAGGGCAUUAUCUGGUUUGAAGAAUGUUUGACACACUUUGAAGAUGUCAGUUAUAAAACUAAUAUUCCGAACUACCUGACUUACACUUAUGUUGCUUCUGCCGUUUAGUGUUAAUAUGAAUAUUUUUUGUAACUCUGAUCACCUCUCAAAAAAAUUCAGUUGAUACCACAAAAGGAAAUGUAACCACCUAUCUGCUACUUUUGAAGAGAAGAGGGUUAAAACUUAAAUUUCAGCUACAAGCAUGAGGCUGUGCACACACCUAUACCUUUCUUAGUGAUCAACUACUGGAGACUUUAAGAUUUCUAAGAAAAAAAUAAUUUCUGUUUAUUUAUCAAUAUUAUGUCUCGUGUAAGUAUUGUGGGCUGAAUACAGACAAACUUUGGUGUAAAUAAUUUGAGAAUACUACUGUGGAA